ACGUCGCGGAUGAAAAAAAAGUGAUAAAUAUAGAAGUGAAGCACUGCAAAUGCUUUUAGCACAUAAUCGGGCAAGAACACCGCAUUCGAUUAGACAAGUUAGCAAAUAAGUGGCAAGUGCUGGCCCAGCCAAUUGAUUAAACGCCCUAAUUGAAAUAAAAUAUACCAGGCGCGAGUGAUAUAGAGAGAGAGAGAGAGAGCGAGAUCGAAGCAUCGAAAAGCUGCCAAAGAAAUCUUGCCACCAACACACAUUUUUUGCAUUCACUCUUUGCUCUCGGCCGCUUUCAUCGCGUGUUGUUUGUGUGUGUGCGUGUAUAUAUAUUUUGCCGCGUUGCCUUGCUGGCUCAUUCGUGGUCUCCUGAAUCUGUUUUUGUCGCUGGGAAUCGCCCGAAAGCGCUGUUGGAAGAGUGUGCAACAAGAGGCACGUGAAUGUCGCAAAAACACCAGAAGCAGUCCUACCAACCGCUCCCCACCGCCGCGGCCGCCAUGGACAAUCCGGCGAUGACCCAGAGCAGUAGCAGUAGUGGCGGCAGUAAUGAAAAUGUCGCCAACAUACCUCCGACUUACUCGUCACAACAGUUGAUGCCCUCGGAUUCCGACAGCAUGGAAGAGGAGCGUCAGCUACGUCCCACUGGAACUGCAGCCAACCUCGGUGCCGGCCUUGGUUUACCGACCGUGCCCACGCGCCUCUCCGCGGUCGGCCGGUCGCAAUGGUUUACCGUUUCCGUGCUCUGCUUUGUCAAUCUCAUCAACUAUAUGGACCGCUUCACGAUUGCGGGGGUUCUGAAGGAUGUGCAAAACGACUUUCAAAUUGGCAACGAUAGUGCGGGACUCCUGCAGACGGUCUUUGUCAUCUCGUACAUGGUCUGUGCGCCAGUCUUUGGCUAUCUGGGGGAUCGGUACUCCCGGCCGUGGAUCAUGUCCGUGGGCGUGGCCCUAUGGUGCACCACCACGCUGUUGGGCUCGUACAUGCAGAGCUUCGGCUGGUUCAUCACGUUCCGGGCUCUGGUAGGAAUCGGCGAGGCCUCGUACAGCACGAUAGCACCAACGAUAAUAUCGGACCUCUUCGUGGACCACAUGCGCUCCAAGAUGCUGGCGAUGUUCUACUUUGCCAUUCCCGUCGGCUCCGGUAUGGGAUAUAUUGUCGGCUCGAAGACGGCUCACCUGGCCAACAACUGGCGCUGGGCGCUGCGCGUGACCCCCAUCCUGGGCGUGGCUGCAGUCCUGCUGAUUAUGCUGAUCAAGGAUCCGGAGCGCGGCCAAAGCGAGGGCUCCCACAGCAUGGAGGCCACCUCCUACAAAAAGGACAUCAAGGAGCUGCUCAAGAACCGCUCGUUCAUGCUCUCCACGGCCGGAUUCACGUGCGUGGCCUUUGUGGCCGGAGCCCUGUCCUGGUGGGGACCCUCCUUCAUCUACCUAGGCAUGAAGAUGCAGCCGGGCAACGAGAACAUCGUUCAGGACGACAUCUCGUACAAGUUCGGAAUAGUGGCGAUGGUGGCGGGCCUAAUCGGAGUCCCGAUGGGCUCCGUGCUCGCCCAGCGACUGCGCAGUCGCAUGGAGAACUGUGACCCGUACAUCUGUGCCGGAGGACUACUGGUAUCCGCGCCCAUGGUGUUUGCUGCUCUGGUGGUGUCGCGGACGAGCGGAUCGCUGUGCUUCUUCUUCGUGUUUCUGGCCCAGGUGGCCCUCAACCUGUGCUGGUCCAUUGUGGCCGACAUUCUGCUGUAUGUAGUGGUGCCUACGCGUCGUUCCACGGCGGAGGCCUUCCAAAUACUCAUCUCCCACGCCCUGGGCGAUGCCGGCAGUCCCUAUCUUGUGGGAGCGAUGUCGGAGGUCAUCAUGAAGCAUCUGCGCAAGCAUCCCGACGCCUCAGGAUUGACAAAUGAACUGCAAAGCAUGUCCCAGGUUCUGGAGGCGCAACUCGUCAAUGCCACGGAAGUGGCCACGAAAGUGGCCUCGGAGGCUAUCCAAUCGUUACAAACGAAUCUAACAAAGUCAGCUGACAAGCUGGCAGAACAAUUUACGGAACUCGAGCAGUUUGAGGGACUUCAGUACGCGCUGUUCUCCACCAGCUUCGUGGAGGUGCUGGGCGGUAUCUUCUUCCUGUUCACCGCCUGCUUCAUACUCAAGGACAAAUACAAGGCCGCACAACGUGUAGCUGGCGAUAAGGGACUAGCAGUGGCAGCGAAAGACGUCGAGUCUGUCAAUUCGGACUGUCUCGUCCUGUACACUGACAUUGCCCUGCGGGAACGCGCGUGAUAGUGCAAGGCGCUCUCGAAAUAAAACUAUUUUGGCCUCAGAUCCCAUAAGAUGCUCAGGAUCAGCACCAGCAGCGGGGCAACCAGAUUGCCUAAUACCAGCCUAUACUGGAAGUUAUGCUGCGCACUCAGAGCACUGAUGGCAUUUUGGGUGAACUCAUACUGACUGAAAAUCAUCUUUAAUUUAAUCUCCACACACACACGCACACCACGGAUUGGUUUCAUUUGGAAUUUGGAUAAUGUGUAGACCUACGUAGGAUACAUGCUCAAUAUUCUAUCAGAAGGGAAAGGACAGAUAGCCACGACAUCCAUACAUACCUAAACAGUUCAGUUAUGUAGAUAUAUACAUACAUACACUCUCAAUCAUCCACUCCCAAACUCGCGAGUCAUAUACUUUUUAAUUGGUUCAUUUUACCUGUAAACGAUAAUUUACGUAGUCGUAGAUAGACCUAGCUCUGGUAUUUUAGUCUAAAGAAAAAUUAAAAUGGAAAAAAAAAUACAAAAUAAAACAAGCAAACACUUCAUGCGAUUUCGAGGAUGUUCUCCAUUAGGCGGCCACUGCUCUCCUCUCCAAUCAAGACCGAAACUGUUGUAAAUAGUUCAAGAACCCUAUCCUAUUAAGUGGCAGAAGCACCGAACCGCACGGAUUAUCUCAGGCAACGUAUGGAACGCAUGGAGUGUCGAUUGUUGCGAUAUUUAUAUAUAAUAAGCUACACAUUUAGAGUAUAAUAUAUGAAUACAUUUGAUUUGUAAAUAUUGAUACGCAUUGGGCCAUUGUAUAAGUGCAUAGUCUCUAUAGAUAAUCAAUCUAAUCGUAAUUCUGUAAUUUUAUUUUAACUAUAACCUUAAUCGUAAUCUUAACUCUAGAUAGAUUUGUGUAACAAAUUGAAUGAAAUAUCUGCACCCUCAACUAUUACUGAAUAUUACAAGCUAACUAUUUAAACAAAUGGAAGAAAUCCUUUUAGCUACAGAAUUAAUCUUCUGGGAUCAUAUAUGUUUUUGAUGUUAACUCUUAGUCCAAUGUUAGCCACUUCAAACUGAAAUAGAAAGCGACAAAAAGACUGCAAAUAAUCAAAA